CCGUUGUUUUAGUCCUCGCAGAAUGGCGGCCAGGCAGCUCGUGCUUUUAUCUCUUCUCAUAUUAUUUGGAUGCAGACCUGCAGCAUGCACCUGCAACAAUAUGACGUCGUUCUCCACACAGCUGGAUACAUUGCUGGCGGAGUACGACCGAGAGAUAUUGCCGUCUACUCCUGUGCAUGUGCAAGCAGCGUUGAACGUGCGACACGCCUCCAUCUACGACAGUAGUGCCACAUUGCGGCUACUUGCGGAUUUACAGCUAAGCUGGGAAGACAAGCGCGUAUCAUGGAACGCCUCAGACUGGGGUUGCGACACCGCCUUAACAACAGCCGACCGUCUCUGGGUGCCAGACAUCACCAUACUCAGCACCGCUACACUAGGACCAGAAAUGGACACGGGCUUACGAGCCAUGCUGUCCAGUAAUGGCAGGAUUUCUUGGCUGGCCCAUCUGGACAUCAAGGCCCCGAUCGACCUGCAACUCCUGGAGUGGCCAAAAGAUCAGCAACAGGCUGUGUUCACGUUUGGUUCGCGAUCACAUUCGUCUGAUGAAAUGAAUAUCACUAUUAGUGAAUUUGAGCACGCAACAGUAUUCGAAUCUGGUUCUUGGGAGCUGUUGAAACUUCGCGGCAUGUUGUCGAAGUGGACCGGUGUGGGCGGCGAGCAGGUCGUCGUGCAGUGGUCGGUGACGCUGCGGCGACGCGCGGCAGCACACGCGCUGGCGGUCGGUACCGUCAUGGUGACCGCUGCGGUGCUGCUCGUGGCGGCGGCCAUGCUGCCCCCCGCGAGCCGGCCGCCGUUGUGUGCGGCUGCUGCGGGGAUUGCUUCCUUGUGGUUGAUAUCCGCGCUAGUCCGCAUCCCCGUAGCUUCCAGCGCACCGCUCGCCAUGUCCCUCAUGUGCGUUGUGAGCGGCGCGAGCGCGGCGGCGGCGGCGUGCGGCGCGCUCGUGCUGCGCGUGGCGAACUGCGCGCGCCCGCCGCCACAUCUGCUGCGGUCCGUGGUUACUACUGUGUCCGCGGUUGUGAAGCUUUCGCCUCCGGAGGGUUCUGCAGUAGAAUGCAGCGCGUGGGCGGCAGCAGCUCAGCUCCUCGACUACGUGUUGCUGGCGUUGAUACUGUUCAUUGUCUUCAUUGCACUCUGUAUUUACCUCUAACUCCUCAGUCAGACUUAUCAAGACUUUACUAGAUAAGUUGUGUAGAGUGAAUAUUUUGUAACAAUUCGAUUGUGUGAAUGUGAGUGUGCGUGUAAAUAUAAGUACUUAGUAAAAUA